AUGGGUGCCUACCUGAGCACCAACCGGACACCUUCGUCGACUAAUAACCACGAACAACACAAACCACCUAAGGAUGACGCUCCCUUCGAAACGGGCCGUUUCACCUUCCCCCCCGAAUGGCAUCCUCAUCUUGCGACCAUGAUGGGCAUCCCUUCCAGAGCGUCUUGUCUGGAAUCCCUGUGGUCAAAGAACUGCGAGGAAAUCGUUGACCUUGCUGCAGCAAUCGCGGAGUUCGAGCCGGUGCGACUGUAUACUCGCCCCGAAGAUAUUGAAUAUGCCCCGGAUCUCAUCAACCGGCGAGUUCGCGAUACAGGCCCAGUCUAUGUCCACGAUGCUACAGGAAGCCUAGGUGCAGGGCGGCGGCUUGCUAUCAACUUCAAAUUUAAUGAAUGGGGCAAUAAGAACGGGUGGGAGGGGACACAUGGCCAUUACCGCUAUGGCAACCCCGCGAUGACCAAGAAGGAACUGCAGGAGAAUACUGACUUCGCCCGCAAGGUCAUCUCAGCUGAUCAAUCACCAUCCCCUGUGCAGCGGAUCGUGCCUAAGAUCCGAGCCGAGGGUGAUGGUUUGGUCGUUGAUGGAGAGGGCACGCUGAUUGUCGCGGAAAGCUACAUGGUCUGUCAGCUGUGGAACCCGGGGAAAAGUAAAGAUGAAAUUGAAGAGGAACUACAACGCCUCCUGGGGGUUGAGAAAGUGAUCUGGGUCCCUGGGCGCAAGAAUCUCGACAUUACCGACUGCCACUUGGACGCCGAGGUGCGGUUCGUACGACCGGGCGUAGUUGCCAUGACGCGCCAUAGCCCUGAGGCAGUGGAUAGCCCGGAAUGGAUAAAAUGCGGCGAGGAGAUCUUGGAGACCUUGCGGAACGAGACUGAUGCCAAAGGCCGGCAGUUUGAGAUCCAUUUCAUCGACGAGCCUGAUCCGAAAAGUCUGGGGAUCUUGCCGAAGGAUGAGUUUGUGUCGUCGUACCUGAAUAGCUACUUCUGCAACGGUGGGCCUAUCAUCCCCGCGUUUGGAUUGGAGCUUCACGAUGGGAAAGCUCUGGAGAUAUGGCAGUCGCUUCUGCCAGACCGCAAAGUACGACAAGUUCCUCUUCGUACGAUUCCACUUAGCGGAGGUGUUAUCCACUGUGUUACCCAGCAGGUGCCUGCACCACAAGCGUAA